CUCCCUUUCUUUCACUCUCUCUAUUUUCUUUAGAUGACAACCGACUCGCUUCAAUUGAGCCUCCAUAGAUCUCGCUCUCCGCCCUCGUCUCGCGCGUGCUUUGGUUUGGAGGCCCUCUCGUCCUCCGGAGUCCACAGUCACUCUGUUCUCAUCCCCCCUCCAUCUCCCCGCCCACCACCUCCCUCCCUCUCCUUUUUACCUCUCUCUCUCUCUCUAGAAAGAAAGAAAGAAAGAAAAGAGCUGCUCUGCUGCUGAGAGGAAGAGGGUUAGUGAGAGAAAGAGAUGGAGAACUGAAAGCGUUGCUUUUAACGGUGGAUGGGAUUUUUUUUUUUUUUUAAUAUCAGCAAGCGGACGAGUUCGAAGAGAAGUGGAAGCCUUCUUUAUUAUAACACGAGAGAGAGAAGGGGAAGGAAGAAACUUGCCGUGGUUAUUAAUUUCCAAGCUCAUGCUCUUUCCGCGUAAAAGCUUUUCUUUUUUCGAAUGUAGAAGCGGCUAAGGGUUCUUCUUCUCGCUGGGGAUCACCGCCGAUCGAAUCGCUCUAUUUUUCUCUCUCCGUAGCUAUCGGCACGGCACGAGUGCCGUGCCACCAGAACCAGGAUAAAUGCCCUGCUAGGCGGUGGUGGUUGUGGGAGUGGCAGGUACUUAGGUAGGCAGCCUUGCCGCCAUGCUCGCGGUCCUAGAGAGAGACAGCCGCUUCCGCCCCUUGCCUUCAUCUUCCUCGUCGCCCUCCUACGAGAUGCCCCUCCACCACAUGGCCAAAGAGGAGAAGCACGUUGUCUCCAAGCAGCCCUUCCAGAACUCCAUCAACCAGCAGCAGCAGCAUCUCGAGAGCCACGCCCCAUCGCCAGUCGCUGCCAAGAAAAGCGCGGGGCGGCGGCGUGCAAGAGGGAGAGCGAAGGUCGAGAGUCCACAGGCGAAGCUGGAGCUGGAGACCGGCGUUCAUGCCGGACCGCCUGUUUCCAGCAAGGGCAUCCGGUUCCACCGCCGGCCUGGGUUUGGCCAGGUGGGCACGAAGUGCAUCGUUAAGGCUAAUCAUUUCCUCGCGGAGCUGCCUGACAAGGACCUCAACCAGUAUGAUGUUACGAUUACCCCGGAGGUAAGCUCCCGAAGUAUGAACAGAGCCAUCGUGGCAGAGUUGGUGAGACUCUAUGGAGAGACGGAGUUGGGGAUGCGCCUCCCGGCUUAUGAUGGCAGGAAGAGCCUUUACACGGCCGGAUUUCUGCCUUUUAAUUCCAAGGAGUUUACCGUGAAGAUCACAGAGGAGGAUGAUGGAAUAGGGGUUACGAGAGAAAAGGAAUACAAGGUGGCCAUCAGGUUUGUAGCUCGUGCGGACCUUCACCAUCUGCGUCGGUUCAUAGCUGGAAAGCAGGCUGAUGCUCCGCAGGAAGCUCUUCACGUUCUUGAUAUUGUCCUAAGGGAAUUAUCGAGUCAAAGGUACAUAGCUAUUGGGAGAUCCUUCUAUUCUCCUGACAUCAGAAAGCCAGAGAGGCUAGGUGAUGGAUUGCAGUCAUGGUGUGGCUUCUACCAGAGUAUUAGGCCAACUCAAAUGGGCCUCUCUCUGAACAUUGACAUGUCCUGCACUGCUUUUAUUGAACCACUUCCUGUCAUUGAGUUCGUAGCUCAGAUUCUGGGCAAACAUGUGUUAUCAGGGCCAUUGUCGGAUGCUGACCGAAUCAAGAUCAAAAAGGCGCUUAGAGGUGUGAAAGUUGAAGUCACACACAGAGGAGAUGUGCGGCGGAAAUAUCGAAUUUCAGGGCUGACAUCACAACCUACUCGUGAAUUAAUUUUUCCAGUUGACGAUCAAAUGAAUAUGAAAUCUGUUGUUGAAUAUUUCAAAGAAAUGUAUGGAUUUACAAUUCAGCACUCUCAUCUUCCUUGCCUUCAAGUAGGAAAUCAGAAGAAGGCAAAUUAUCUGCCAAUGGAGGCUUGCAAGAUAGUUGAGGGUCAGAGAUACACAAAGAGGUUGAAUGAAAAGCAGAUUACUUCCCUGCUGAAGGUUACAUGCCAGAGACCCAGAGAACAGGAAAUGGAUAUCUUGCAGACAGUUCAGCAAAAUGGGUAUGGACAAGAUCCCUAUGCGAAGGAAUUUGGCAUCAACAUUAGUGACAAGCUCACCUCAGUGGAAGCUCGAGUUCUUCCUGCUCCAAGGCUAAAAUAUCAUGAUGCUGGAAAAGAAAAGGAAUGUUUGCCUCAGGUUGGCCAAUGGAAUAUGAUGAACAAGAAAGUGAUAAAUGGAUGCACAGUAAACUGCUGGGCCUGUAUUAACUUUUCACGAAGUGUCCAAGAAAGCACUGCUCGUGGAUUUUGUCAGGAGCUAGCACAGAUGUGCCAAAUAUCUGGCAUGGAAUUCAACCAUGAACCAGUAAUACCAAUCUAUUCUGCAAGGCCAGAACAAGUGGAGAAGGCUCUUAAACAUGUAUAUAAUGCAGCAAAAAACAAACUCAAGGGGAAGGAACUGGAGCUUCUUUUAGCCAUCCUUCCUGACAAUAAUGGUUCUUUAUAUGGUGAUCUCAAGCGAAUAUGUGAAACUGAUUUGGGACUGAUAUCCCAGUGCUGCCUAACAAAACAUGUUUUUAAAGCCAGCAAACAGUACCUGGCGAAUGUGUCACUUAAAAUUAAUGUCAAGAUGGGAGGAAGAAAUACUGUACUUCUAGAUGCUAUAAGUUGGAGAAUUCCCUUGGUCAGUGAUAUACCAACCAUAAUAUUUGGAGCAGAUGUAACUCAUCCUGAAACUGGAGAGGAUUCUAGUCCAUCAAUUGCCGCUGUGGUUGCUUCCCAAGACUGGCCUGAAGUUACAAAAUAUGCUGGACUUGUAUGUGCUCAAGCUCAUCGACAAGAACUCAUUCAGGACCUGUUUAAAACAUGGCAUGAUCCUCAGCGGGGCACAAUUACAGGAGGCAUGAUCAGAGAGCUUCUGAUCUCCUUCAGGAAGGCUACGGGACAAAAGCCACUAAGGAUAAUCUUUUACAGGGAUGGUGUCAGCGAAGGACAAUUCUAUCAAGUCUUACUAUAUGAAUUAGAUGCUAUUCGUAAGGCCUGUGCAUCCUUGGAACCAAAUUACCAGCCUCCUGUGACCUUUGUGGUGGUCCAGAAGCGCCACCACACAAGACUAUUUGCAAACAAUCACAAGGACAGAAGUAGCACAGACAAGAGUGGAAAUAUCCUACCUGGUACAGUGGUUGACUCCAAGAUAUGUCAUCCUAAUGAGUUUGACUUCUACCUUUGCAGUCAUGCUGGCAUACAGGGGACUAGUAGGCCAGCGCAUUACCAUGUCCUAUGGGAUGAGAACAAUUUUACAGCUGAUGAAAUGCAGACGCUGACAAACAAUCUAUGCUACACAUAUGCUCGGUGCACUAGAUCUGUCUCUGUUGUGCCACCAGCAUAUUAUGCUCAUCUGGCUGCAUUCCGAGCCCGGUUCUACAUGGAACCAGAGAUACCUGAUCAGAACCCGACAUCCCGGAGCGCACGCACCGCAAAUGGGUCCUCUGUGAAGCCCCUUCCAGCCUUGAAAGAGAAGGUAAAGAGGGUGAUGUUCUACUGUUGAGAGGGAAGGCAGGAAUAGGUUGCAUUUUGUACCAUCAGUGUUGUAUUUAUAGUGUAGAGUGGGGGGUGUAUUACAGUUUUUGGAAACCAUGCUGUUCCCAGACUCAGCCUCGGAGCUUGUCAAAAGAUUGCAAUCUUGAUGCUUGUAAACCAGUUAGGUCAGGAAUGUUUCCCGUCUUCCAUAUCUAAUAUGCCAUACUGGUGUGGCUAUGGCUCCAAAUGUGUUCUCCAUCUUGGCUGCGUGGAAUCUUAUCUUGAUGUGGACCA